GGUACGACUUUGCCGGAGUUUAGCUUGAUAACGUGCUCCUUAGCUACCCUCAGAUUUAGACAGAUGGUGUCAGCCUGAAAUCAGUUUUAAUCGUCAAAACAAGAUCUGUCAUUUCACCUUCUUGUAAGGCAUAACCAGGGAGGCUGAUAUUCAUCCCUCAGGUUCCCAGGGAUCCCUCAGCUUGCCCUGAUGAAAGCUGAGCAGGAUGGAGACCUCCUGGAAGAGGAUUACCCGCAGGAGAAUGGAGCGCAGACAAACCAGUACAGCUCCAUCUCUCCUCCUGCAUCACCCGUGGCCCAGGAUGAAGCCUUCUCAACGUACUUUGAAGAGAGGGUGGCUAUUCCUGAGAGUGACAACCAGGUAUUCAGUUUCCGUAAACUCUGGGCCUUCACUGGACCAGGGUUUUUGAUGAGCAUAGCUUACUUGGAUCCAGGGAACAUCGAGUCUGACCUGCAGUCUGGGGCUAAAGCUGGCUUUAAGCUCCUUUGGGUGCUCCUUGGAGCCACCAUCAUUGGGCUGCUGUUGCAGAGGUUAGCUGCACGCCUUGGGGUUGUCACUGGGAUGCACCUGGCUGAAGUUUGCAACCGCCAAUAUCCCAAAGUCCCUCGGAUCAUCCUCUGGCUGAUGGUGGAGCUGGCAAUUAUUGGCUCAGACAUGCAGGAGGUCAUUGGCUGUGCGAUAGCUCUCAACCUCCUCUCUGUGGGCAGGAUUCCACUGUGGGCAGGAGUCCUCAUCACCAUCACAGACACAUUUGUGUUCCUCUUUCUAGACAAAUACGGCCUGAGGAAACUUGAAGCUUUCUUUGGCUUCCUUAUCACUGUAAUGGCUCUCAGUUUUGGUUAUGAGUAUGUGCUGGUCAAACCAGACCAAGGGGAACUGCUGAAGGGGAUGUUCUUACCUUACUGUGCCGGCUGUGGGCCUGUGCAGCUGGAGCAGGCAGUGGGAAUCGUAGGCGCUGUCAUCAUGCCCCACAACAUCUACUUGCACUCAGCACUGGUCAAGUCUCGUGAUGUCGAUCGUACAAAUAAAAAGGAAGUGAAGGAAGCCAACAAGUACUUCUUCAUCGAGUCAACUAUCGCUCUCUUCAUCUCCUUUCUCAUCAACGUCUUCGUCGUAGCGGUCUUUGCUCAGGCCUUCUACAACAAAACUAAUAUGGAAGUGAAUGCAUUGUGCAAUGCAAGCGGCAGCCCUCACUCAGAUCUCUUCCCUGUCAACAAUGGCACACUGGAGGUGGACAUCUACAAAGGGGGAGUGGUCCUGGGCUGUUUCUUUGGCCCUGCAGCCCUCUACAUCUGGGCAAUAGGGAUCCUGGCAGCUGGACAGAGUUCCACUAUGACAGGCACUUACUCUGGGCAGUUUGUAAUGGAGGGUUUCCUGAAUCUACGGUGGUCCCGAUUUGCACGGGUGCUGCUGACCCGCUCCAUUGCCAUCACGCCUACUCUGCUGGUAGCCAUUUUUCAGGAUGUUCAUCGCCUGACGGGGAUGAACGACUUCCUCAACGUGCUUCAAAGCAUGCAGCUUCCAUUUGCCUUGAUCCCAAUUCUGACCUUCACCAGUCUGACGUCUAUAAUGAACGACUUUGCAAACAAAAUGGUGUGGAAGAUUUCCGGAGGCAUCGUCAUCCUGGUGGUUUGUGCAAUCAACAUGUACUUUGUGGUGGUUUACGUCACGUCGCUGAACAGCGUGCUGCUCUACGUUUUCUCAGCUCUGCUCUCCGUAGCCUAUCUGUGCUUUGUAGGCUACCUGGCAUGGCACUGUUUGGUUGCCUUGGGGGUUUCCUGCCUGGACUUUGGCAGCAGGAUGCAGAUGGGACCGUCGCGGCACAUAGACAUUUACUUACUGAGUGACAUGGACUCUGACACUCCUGUUGAGAGAUAGGAGGACGCAGUAUGAGUGGAUGCUGAAGUCUGGUGAUGAUGAUCUGACUGAGGCGUGGGACCACUGAAGCUUGGCCAGUAUGUGUUCGUCAUCACCUCUCUGUGCCUGACACCUGUUUAAAGUGUCCUUACAGUACACUGUGUGGUACAACCACGGAUGUCUAAUGCUGUGGGCAUCAAUGAUGGCAUCAUAUGCGUCUCAACGACCUCAGCAAAAUAAUGUUUGUGCACAACAGGGCUGCAACUAACGAUUAUUUUCAUUAUCAAACCUGCAGAUUAUUUUCACGAUUAAUCUUUUAGUCUGUAAAAUGUCAAGAAUUUGUGACAAAUGCUCAUCACAAUUUCCCAGAGCGCAAAGUGACCGCUUCAAAUUGCUUCUUUAGUCAGCAACAGUCCAAAACCCAAAGACUCUUCAUUUACUAUCAUAAAUUACAAAGACGAGCAGCAAAUCCUUAUAUUUAAGAAGCUGGAACCAGCAAGUGGUGGACGAAUUCGCUUGAAAAAUGACUGAAACAAGAAAUCAAUUAGCAGAUAACGGUUAAAAAUGUGGGUUCCAAAUAGAGAUGUGUUUGAAAGAAUAAGGCUCCUGUGACUGUUGGCUUCCCCAAAUCACUCAUCUAAAAAAAAUGUAACCAUUACAAGUUAACAGCACCAUAACCUCAGUUACAGGGAUGAAACCAUCAUUUUCCAUUCAGAAAUCGUACAAUAAUAAAGUCACUAUUCCACAUCACUGACACCGGAGUGGAGUCCUGAGACACAGUCGGCUGUUUUCAGCCAGUGUUGCACUAAAGAUGCUGUCAGCCUCUAUUAUGGCCACCAGGCUGCAAAUUGUGUUUCAUUUAUUUAUUUCUGUUUUUUUUUAACCUUCCUCUUCUGGCUAACUGGUUUAUGUGACAUGACAUGAAGAAAAUCUCACACAUCACCUCAGAGGCUACAAACAAGUCUGACGUGAUCGCUGAAUGAUUUAUUCAGAAAAAGUCAAACACCAGAACUUGAUGUUUUUUUUUUAAUAUUUGGCGCUUUGCAUUUAUUCUAUUUUAUAUUUAGAUAAAAUCGUAUGGGAUUUAAAACAUUAAUCUAGAGCUCAAUAUUAGACUAAUACAUUGUUAUAUUUAAUAUAUUAAAUAUAUAUAUAUUAAAGUUUUUUUUUAUAUGUGACUUGUCACACCUUUUCCUGUGUUUUAUACUAUAUAGAAGAGAAUGACAGUUUUAUGUCAUUUUAUGUACAGUUAUGCAGUCUAUUUUACAUUCUGGAAGUUUCUGUUCUUUGAGAUAAUGUCAGUACAUCCGUUGUAUUUCUCUAAGUCUUUUGAAGUCCAGUUUACAAAUGUCUGCUAAUUGUAAAUUAUUAAGAUAAAACCACUGUGUGUAGGAGGUGAAAACUUAUUUCACUGAUUUCUGUGGUGGUAGAAAAAAAAGACACUGUGGCAGCAGACACCAUCUUUAAGCUACAUGAUAAUACAUGUUUUUCAGCACUAGUACUCCCAUUUGAUUUAUGAGUUUUAGGUCAUAUUUUGCAGUAGAGGUUUAAUAUGAAUAAAUGCACUACUUGAAGUCAACUCAGUGUUUCUCAGACUGUUGGAAGUUGUCACAGGCAUCAUAUUGAUCAGUUCUUGCAUACUAGAAUUCAACAAUAACUGCUAUUAUUUUUUUAUUUAAUUUUUCUCCCAUAAAUUUCCUUCUCAGUUAAGCUUAGGUCCAUUUGUUUAAAAAAUUGUUUAUUUAUGUGUAGUUUAUGUUUUUAUAAAUUCUACUUUGGCUUGUAUGUAGUUUAUAUAUUGUGUUGUUUUUAUUUUGUUUAGCUUCAGCUAAGUUUAUUGCAGCAGCUAGCUUGUGCAGAGGUGCAAUGUGUGCAAAACUGCACUCUGUUACUGUAAAAUAUAGCAUCUAAUUGAAUGAAUGGGAAUGAAAAAGUUGGCAUUUGGCACUGUGGUGCAAAAUAGUUGAGGUGCAGUAAAUGCUAAAUAUGAGAAGUGAUGUCCUGGCACAAGCUGAUUUUGAUAACUGGACUCCGGGGCCUCAGGACUGUCAGGGGAGUUUGUAAUUGUGCAAAAUAUGAACAAGUUUGACUGUUGUAACUGUGGGAGACAAAUAUUUGCUUAGCAACAGAGACUAAUGCCAAAUGCCUCUAACUGUGACAGGCUGAUACUUGUACGUCUUCUUAUGCACUUCAUUAACUUGGUGUAGCGCCUUUAAGAACAGAGAAGACAUGAGAUAAGAAGACAGAAAAUGAUUAAUUCUAACAACAAAUGACACUUUUAGACGAAUGAUUGUGCACUGUUGGUUCAGGCUGAUAGAUAAACCAAACCUCUUCCUUGACCAAAUAUUCAGCUGCACUCGUAUGUUAACAUUAGUGUGCAGAUGACCACAACGCCUCCUCUGUUCACCACUGUGCCUGUUCACUAAUCAGUCAAAAACCAUUCAAACCCACAAAAGAAAUAUGUGUAUUGUUGUAGGUGGAACAACACAACUGUAGUACCUUGAGUAGACUCAUUGUCAGAAUAUGUGUUGUAGGGAUGAGAUAUAGAGUGGCUGAGAGCAGCUUUGAAACUUGUUUUCUUUUAGCCAUUGUGUUUUGCAUUUGCCAUCAUAUUUUCUGGAAUAUUUUUCUUAGGGACUGUACAUGUUUGUUUGUUCUUACUGGGAGAUGCAUAAAAUUAUUAACUCCUUAUGUGACAAACUUUGAUUUAAAUUAGUGUUCUGAUUUUUUCAAAUAAAAUGUCCUGCCAUUUUUUUUGUAAAGGACCUGUUUUACUGAUAUCACUCCUGUAAUUUUAUUUUAUUUUUUAAUUGAAUGAACUAGCACUUGAUUACAAAAAAAAAUGGGCCAAUGUGUAAUUGAAAGCAUAAAAGUUGACAUUUCCAGUUGCAUGAUGAAAUAUUUUGUACCUUUUUGAGGACUGUUGAUGGGAUCACAGCAGAAAAUAAUGAUUUUGGGUGGACUUAACAUAUCUCACUGCAGGACAUAUGCAUUUGGCUGAAGACUGUAGGUCAAACAUAUAUCUGCAUAUGACCUCCUGCCUGUCUUAUAACUUGCCUCUAGUGAAAUAAAAACAUGGUAAUGACCUCAGUUAUACCAUAGUUUUGUACUGAUUACUGUAUCAUUUGUUGCAUCUUCAUGUACUAUAAGGUGUCUGAACUUGGGAACACCUGUUAGGAUGUCAGAGACCAUUUCCAUGGCCACACAGGAAAUUGGUACUGUACUGUGUAGUAAAUGAUAUUAAAUGUGUUAUUUCUAAUGAAAUUGUACACUAUGAUACAGUAUUGAGACUCGACUGAAAAAAGGUGGUUAAUGGAUUUUUUGGGUCACCAGAUCUGUUGUUUAUAUUAUCUGCCAUAUGCUAUGUGUAUAUUUUUGAAUAUUGUUUUUUCCUCUUGAAUAAAAAAG